ACCACUACACCAAGUAUUUCACACCGUCGUCCUCUCGCCAUUUACCGGCGUGCGUAUAUAACAGAUAGAGAUGGCAGCUGCGGAUUCCUCCGGUGGCGACAAGUACAGGUCUCACCUUGCCGGCGACGGCGAGAAGAACACGGUGUGGCGGCACGGCGCGCCACCCACGUUCGACACCGUGAACAGCCUCUUCGAGUCCGAGAGGACGCAGGAGUGGCCGGCGGGGUCGCUGGAGGAGACGGUGCAGAACGCGAUCAAGACAUGGGAGAUGGAGCUGUCGCACAAGGCCAGGCUCCAGGACUUCAAGUCGGUGAGCCCCGGUCUCUUCCGUCUCUCCGUGAACGGCGGGCGGCCGCUCACCGGGGAGGAGACGCUCGCCGUGGGCAGCUACAACGCGCUGCUCGCGAGCCCGAUCCUGCCGGGCGCCGGCGCGUACGACGCCGCGGCCGAGACGUUCGAGUCCUCCCACGACCUGUUCCGCGCGGCCUUUCCGCGCGGGUUCGCGUGGGAGGUGAUCCGCGUCUACUCCGGCCCGCCGGUGAUCACGUUCAAGUUCCGGCACUGGGGACACAUGGACGGCCCCUACAAGGGCCACGCCCCCACCGGCGACAAGGUCGAGUUCUACGGCGUCGCCGUCCUCAAGGUGGAUGAGCAGCUGCGGGCGGAGGACGUGGAGGUGUACUACGACCCAGGCGAGCUACUGGGGGACCUUCUCAAGGGGCCCCUGCUGGUGCCGUCCGUGGAGAAGGACGCCGCGCGUCAGCUCGGGGAGAGGCUCGGCGAGGUGGCUACCUUGUCGGCGUCGGGCGCGGACUCGCAGGCGCAAUCUUGCCCCUUUCUCGCCUCCGGAAAGCGGGAGGUGUGAUCGUGUCGAUCGGGAGAUUGCGACGUGGUCGAAUCGAAAUAAAAUGUGCCCACAUCUGAGGCGCGCGCGCUGUGCCCAACCACCGGAGUUUCGAGGUUUAUCGCCAUCGUGAUCGUCCGAUCGAGCGGACGCCGGCUGUUUGCUCAUGUGUAACGUGUAUUUUCUGGUGGUGUAUGUAUGCUCGCAGGACUUGUGUGUCUUUUGGAGGCGACACAUCGCCGAACUUAAUUAAUUGAUUGCAAUCCACUCGUGUUGGAAGAAAAA